AUGUCGAAUGUGGUUCUUGUUACUGGAGCUACAGGCCUCCUUGGUCGGCAGGUUUUCAAUGUCUUCCAGCACUCUGGCUGUCUGGUAGUCGGGCAGGGUUACUCGCGAGCUACGCCCCCAACAAUCCUCAAAGCCGAUCUGGAGAAGCCGGAGGACAUCGAGCGGCUACUAGAUGAAGUCAAGCCCCAGAUAAUCAUCCAUUGUACGCGUCAUCCACACUUCAUAUUUGGUGUAGUACAUACUGCGCUGCACUUGGGCGAUGACUCUGACCAAACUGGAAUUCUAGGCGCUGCGAACCGCUACCCCGACCUGUGUGAACAGGACCCUGAAGCGGCCCACAGGGUCAAUGUUGAAUGCUCACGCGCCCUGGCCCAAGGAGCAUCGGCGCGGCGUGCAUUUCUCAUUUACAUCUCGACCGAUUAUGUCUUUCCGGGUACGGAAGGCGAGGCGCCGUACGAGGCAGACGCAGAGCCUCGACCGGUCAAUAAAUACGGAGAGCUGAAGCGGGAGGGGGAGCUGGCCGUUCUGGAAGCCACCCGGGAUACAGGCAUGGGAAUCGUCUUGCGUCUCCCACUCCUGUACGGCUCUGCUACUAAAAACAGCGAGAGUGCCGUGAACUCGCUGAUCGAUGUGAUCUGGAAAGCGCAAGACGAAAAAGCCGGCAUCAAGAUGGACGAUUGGGCCCUGCGGUACCCGACGAACACCGAAGAUGUGGCACGGGUAUGUCGAGACAUUGUUAUCAAGUACGUGAAGGAGAUGAACAGGAUCAAGGAGCUCCCCAAGAUCCUCCAAUUCUCCUCCGAGGACCGGAUGACCAAAUACGAGAUGUGUGAGAAACUGGCCGAGGUGCUUGGUUUGUCGCUGGCCGGCAUGGUCAGGGAUCAGAGAGGGAACGACCCCAACUCGCCCGUGAAGAGGCCGUACGACGCUCACCUUUCAACCAAGGCACUGCAGGACCUGGGCAUUAACGUGAAGACGAUGGACUUCACGGCAUGGUGGAGGAGAGAAUUGGGCGCCUACCGAAAAUAGAUACUAUUACAUAUUUAAACCCUACUCGAUAAUAUAUCCUGCGACAUGGCGCAAGGCUAGAUGCAUACGAGGAAUUUAAGGUGUACGGUCUAGAUCGGGCAUUAUUGGAAAGUCCAAUAAUAACAGCCGCCGGUGUACAGCAGAUGGAGACAUUCCAAGAAGCACUAAUUCCUAUCGACAUUCGUUUCCCGGACCGGAGUAACCAUGGUUGCCCAUCGCACCGCGCUGUAAUUACAUCCUGCAAGGCACAUGCAGUGUAGCGAGCGGCCAUGCAUGCAUUUCUGUGACUGCCUCGAUGCCCAACGAAGGAUCGCUGAGCCACCAUCGCCGGGUAAAUGCAUUCGAGGAUCCGGUGACAAUAACCUGUCCGGUGCUUUUGCUCUGCGGCCGGGACGAUUAAAUUAUUGCGCCUUGCCAACGUAGUAUCGCAGUGUCGCGAGAUCUCCUUCCAUGGAAACCCCCU